AUGAAAUCAAUUCCAAGGCCUACACGACCCAAGGAUCUGAAGUUUUCCCAGGCUCAAGAGGGAUACAGGAAGGAUGUGGAGAGAUGUUUCGGCAUUUUACAGACGCGCUUUAGUAUUGUUCGAGGAGCAGCUCGUGUCUGGGAAAGAGAAGACCUUCGAUACAUCAUGCUGACUUGUAUUCUAUUACACAACAUGAUAAUCGAGGAUGAAAGGCCAGAUGACAGCGAUGAGGAUUUGGAGUCCGAUGAAGAAGAGGAUAACAAUAUGAGGCCCAGGUUGACCCAGGUUUGGGAAGGACCGACUGGUGAUGACUUCGAUCCUGUUGGUAGAGAUGGUUAUUACUUCAACGGAUUCAUGGAUCGAUACGAUGCCAUUAGAAGUGCAAAUGGUCACUCAAACCUUCAAGAAGAUCUGAUAGAGCAUUUCUGGAACGUUCAAGGCAACAUGGAGAUCUAG